GGCCCUCGGGAGUUAUUAGUGGGGUUUAUUGAGGUGUCUCUUCCUCUCCCACCCCGCGCCCGCUCACCCCCUUUCUGGGCUCCCGCUUCCAACGGCCCGGGGAGAGUGACAGUUGGAGAGAUGGCGGCCUCUGCUCUGCCAGGCUCCAACUGGGCUCCUCUGGGGGUGCAGGUGUGAGUGGUCCCGAGGGGCCGGGGUGGAAGUGGGCAGAGCGGUCGGCUGACCCCAGGAAGCAGACCACAGAGGAGACGUUGGCUAGAGGAGCCCUCGGGGUGGAGCAUCCCACCACAGGCCCUGACGGCCGGGAACGGGCCGGGCGGCCCUUCUCGGCCCCUGGGGAAGGAUGGGGAUCAGCUGGAUCCUGUGCAGAGGAUCCUGGGAAGCCGGGGGCAGCCCGAGGUGGCCUCGGGAAGGCGGCCGGAGACGGCCGGGGACAGGUCGCGGCCCAACGGCAGACGAGCGGCCCCGGCUCCAGGGGUAAACUCCGUUAGGGCCCCAUCUCUGGAUUCUCCUUCUCCCGGGCACAGGGCCCCAUGGGGUCAACUCCGGGGCCCCUGCUUGGCGUGCUGCUCCUUUUUCUGGGGCUGACCGGGGCUGGGCUCUGCCUAUCAUCCACACCGCCCGGACCGGUGACCACAGCCGCGCAACCGGACGGGAACCCUGGAGACAGGGAGACCCAAGAGGUCAACGUCUUGGAGUCCCAGCUGGGAAACCCGGAGGAAUCGGUCCCGUCCGUGCUCUGGAAGCUGUGGCUCAGGUUGAUGGGCCAGCGGGGCCAGCUGGACCCUGCCAUGGGAGGAAGCAGGUGCGGGCCAAGGAUAUUCUUCUCUGAGAAAGGAUCGUCGUGGUAUAUCUUCGGCAGCGGCACCCACCUCACCGUCCUCAGGCAGCCCAAGACGUCUCCCACCGUGACCGUCUUCGCCCCGUCUGCCGCGGAGCUGGACACCGACGGGGCCACCCUGGUGUGUCUGAUGGGCGGCUUUUACCCGGGCUCCCUGUCGGUGGCCUGGAGGGCGGACGGCGUGGCCGUGGCCGAGGGUGUGGAGACCUCGGCCCCUUCCCGGCAGAGGGAUGGCAGCUACGCGGCCAGCAGCUUCCUGGCCCUGAGCCCGGCCCAGUGGAGGGAGCGGGGCAGCUAUACCUGCCAGGUCACCCACGACGGGAAAGUUUUCGAGAAAUCCGUGUCCCCUUCCGAGUGCGCUGAGCGACCCCACUGACACGGCCCCCACCCCCCCAACCCCGGCCCCCUCCGGUCUCCCCAGAUUCUUCCCUUUUCCAUCCACCUCCACUCUUAGGGGAGCUGCCACCCCCUCGCUCCGGCCUCCCCCUUCGGACCCCCCCAGAUUCCCCAACAAUAAAUAUAUUUCUCAGCCA